CUCUUGCGACACACGUUCCCUCCACUCUCCAACAUGUCUUACUACGCCAACAACGAAUACAUCAUCGCCUCCAACAACUCGAUGAACGAGAACAAAUACAACAGUGACAAGAUGAAGAACAGCGGCAUCAAGGCGCUGCUCAAGCCGCUCCUGAAAAUGAUCAAGAAAACUGUGACGAAGCGCGUUCCCGCCAAAACUUGCGCCACGUGCGUCGAGGCCGAGGACAACAGCGCCAACGAGGCGCUCGAGAGGAAGCUGCGCGCCGAGCUGGACGCCUGCAGCCAGGACGCCGCCAUCUUCGUGUACGACUCCAGCGCCGCCUGCGCCGCCGCGCCCGUGGCCCGGGACAGCUACAUCCCCGUGCACUUCGCGCGCACCGACGCCGGCACCUUCUUCUGGACCUCCGCCUCCAAGGCCGACGGGGACUUCGCCGCCGCGCACUGCUACACCGAGUGCCAGACCGCCGAGCAGCAGUACCCGGCCUUCGCCGACAGAUGGGUCCAAGCCUAGACCUCCGUCGACCAACACUAUCAGUGUCUUCCGUGAAACCAGUGCCUGCUCGGUUUCUGCAACUCGUCUGUGAUUUUAGCUUUAGUUUGAAGGUGCCAUGUUAGGGUUAGGUCUAGCGUAGGGUUUGCUCAAUACUCGUGAUAAACAAAACUCCUGAGAAGCUUUAAUUUUUUUGAAUUUUUGAUUCAAUGAUUGCUAUUGUAUAAGUUUUAGUGUAGGUUUUAGCGUAGGGCUUUAAAAUUGUGAUCUUCCACUGAGCUUUAAUAAUUUUAGGGAAUUAUUUAUGCUGUUUAAAAUACAGCUUUUACAUUGUUAUGAAUGGUAUUACUGAAAAAUAAAACAACAUUUAAAAUUA